GACAUUGAUUGUCACGAGCCUCGUUCUGCGCGGCCGUGGACUUAUAAGAACCCUCGCCGCUUCUGGCCAUCAUCUCGUCAAUCACUGGUCGCAGUCCAUGCCAAGCUGGUUGCGUGUACGCGUGUGGCAUCGGUUGAGUUCCCCCAAGCAAUUCCCGCUGCCGCUAUGGUCGUCUCCUUGUCAUCUUCUGGACUCUGUCUCUGAUCAGGUUGAUCCGUCGACGGGCGCAAGUUGCAAUUGUCAAAUAUUGAAUGAUGGUUCUUCUGUCUUCAUCAUUUGCCUUUUGUGCAUUUGCCGGAGAAUCCGGGAGGUCCGAAGUGAGGAUGUACUGUGACGAGGGGGCCACGCAAGCACAACCUUCGCCAAUCCUCUUAAUCGCUGCGACGUCGAUUGGGAAGGGCAGCCCUUGCCGACCACUUCCUUCUCUCUGCAUCGGAAGAGACAAUUCGGCAAGCGCGAAGGUAGGGAAAGGCACUGUCCACAAUGGAAUUCGACCACUUCCUCCGCGAUGGUCCGCCACCACGGCACCAACUCGAGUCAGACUCGGACGACUCGGACGUUGAAGCGGCCUCUCAUGCGGCCUCGAGCCGUGCGAGCACACUUGGUCAAGUGCCAUUAGUGCAGUCUGUGCUGCGCUCUGGUAAUCUAGAGGACUUCCAAAAGUGCCCCUUGAUACUGCUGGAAGGUGAAGCUGCCGAGUCGUACUUGCAAGCGUUGCUCCCAUCAGGCGCAGCUUCGAGUGCGGACGCACCUGCAGUUCCUACACUCGAAUUGACCUUGGACGGUGUCACGCAAGCUUUAAUAAUCCUGCUGGACGAGUUGCCCAGCAAGCUCCUCAUCGCCAUGUGCACUCCCAGUAAGGCGCUCCGGAACUCCCCCCGAGCGGCAGCGGCAUUGUCGCGGCGCAUUUUCCAAGAGACGCUGCCAACAAGUGUGAUAUUACUAUCUUCUUACAAUGCUGGUACAUAUAUCGAAAACGCUGAGCACGAGGACGACUCGAGCUAUACGGGCGCAACUCUACGGUACCUCGUGCAGCCGAACAACGGCGAAACUUUCAGUCCCGUACUCGAGCGCAUUAGAAAACUACCCGUAGCAAGACCCUUCGACGUACCGAACGUGCUCACCGGCGUGCCAGGCUCAAUAGUCUCACAAGCCGUCAUGCACGGCGCAGAGUCAAGGGCCGACGUGCUCGUCCUCCUCACACCGUACCUCACACUGCAGCCACACGCUUCAUUUUACCAGCAGCAAGGAGAGGUGGAAGGGGCGGACGACGUUGGCAGCCAAGCGCCUACGCUCGCGCCGCCGAUAAUGCCAUUGCCACAGGCGAAGUCGAUUAGCACGGUUCUAGGCUCGCAUGCACAUAGCAUCGUUUCGCGCGCUCCAAUGCUUUGGCACGCGGCUCGACACAGUAGGAAGCAAGAUUCGGGCCCCUCCACUGCGGAAGUGCCAAGGCCGCGAAAAGGAAGACUCGCAGGUGAUGGUAACAUGUAUCUGUAAGCGUGCCGAUGCAUGAAUGAAUCGACGUGAUGC